UACUACCACCCUCCAAAUUGCUAAAAGUCAGUGUCACCAACAAACAACCUCCAAAAAACAUUGACUCUCACGUUAAAAGUUUCAUCGCCCCUUGACGGAGUUUCCCACCAACGCAAUAUUCAUAUAAACAAACACUUUCAUUCAUUUCCCAAACCCCUAAACUUUUUCUUGUAAAAUAAAACUAAACUCAAAAUCAUCAAAAAAUGGCUUUGAGUUUCACACAUCAACCCACUCUCCAAACUCCAUCUUCUUCCUUCGUCACCUCCCGCUCUCCACAAUCGCUUCAGUCCCUCCCCUUCCGUGAAAUCCGGACACCACGGCGGUCCCUAACCGUGCGGGCCUCGGCAACGGCGGCUGCUCCGUCGGAGGUUAAGGUGUCAAGGGAGUACACUGUGAAGUCGGUGAAGGCGAGGCAGAUCGUUGACAGUAGAGGGAAUCCGACGGUGGAGGUUGAUCUGGUAACUGAUCAGCUUUACCGAUCGGGUGUGCCGAGUGGGGCCUCCACCGGAAUUUACGAGGCUUUAGAGCUUAGAGAUGGAGAUAAGAGUGUUUAUGGUGGGAAAGGUGUUCUUAACGCUGUGAGGAACAUCAAUGAGAUUUUGGCUCCAAAGCUUGUUGGUGUGGAUGUUAGGAAUCAAGCUGAUGUGGAUGCUAUUAUGCUUGAAAUUGAUGGAACCCCUAACAAGUCAAAACUAGGUGCUAAUGCAAUAUUGGGAGUUUCACUAAGCGUGUGUAGAGCUGGUGCUGGCGCAAAGGGAGUGCCAUUGUACAAGCAUAUCCAGGAAAUUUCAGGAACAAAGGAACUUGUCAUGCCUGUUCCAGCUUUUAAUGUUAUAAAUGGAGGAAGUCAUGCUGGAAAUAAUCUGGCUAUGCAAGAAUUUAUGAUACUACCAGUUGGAGCUAAUUCAUUUUCCGAGGCACUUCGCAUGGGCAGUGAAGUAUAUCAUGUAUUAAAGGGCAUAAUCAAGGCAAAAUACGGACAAGAUGCAUGUAAUGUUGGUGACGAAGGAGGAUUUGCACCCAAUGUUCAGGAUAACAGAGAGGGACUGGUUUUACUCAUGGAUGCCAUUGAGAAGGCUGGUUAUACCGGAAAGAUUAAAAUCGGUAUGGAUGUAGCAGCUUCAGAGUUUUACACUAAGUGUAAGAAGUAUGAUUUAAACUUCAAGAAACAGCCAAAUGAUGGAACUCACGUUCACUCUGCUGAGAGUCUUGGUCAACUUUAUGUAGACUUUGUCAAAGAGUUUCCCAUUGUGUCAAUUGAGGAUCCUUUUGAUCAAGAUGAUUGGGGUUCAUGGGCCUCACUACUCUCUUCAGUUGAUAUUCAACUCGUAGGAGAUGAUUUGUUAGUUACCAAUCCAAAGAGAAUUGCUGAAGCCAUCCAAAAGAAGGCUUGCAAUGGUUUGUUACUCAAGGUUAACCAGAUCGGCACAGUGACUGAAUCUAUUCGGGCUGCACUGGACUCUAAGGCUGCCGGUUGGGGUGUCAUGGUUAGUCAUCGGAGUGGUGAAACUGAGGAUAACUUCAUUGCUGAUCUUUCUGUUGGUUUGGCUAGUGGACAGAUAAAGACUGGUGCUCCUUGCAGAAGUGAGCGUUUGGCCAAGUAUAACCAGCUUCUUCGGAUUGAAGAGGAACUUGGAAGUGUGCGUUAUGCUGGUGAAGCUUUCAGAUCGCCUUAGAAUGAACAACUUUAGAGUGAGCAGAGGAAAAUUAUUUCAGUAAUAGUUAUGCAUUAAAAAGAUUGUAAUCAUUGGUUUGUUAAAGAAAAGAAAACGGGAUUGAGGAAGAUCCUGAGUUUUGAUGGGUUUUCAAAAGAUAUACUUAAUGAGUUAGACUUUAAAUGUGUUUUGAACCGAAAUAAUUGGUGAGUGAAUAAGUAGUGGUUGCUUUAAUGAACUACUGUUGUAAUGUGAGGAAGUAGUUAAAUGUAAGUUAAUACAGAGACAAAGUUCCGUAGGUGUUAUUUUCACUUCUCAAAAAUAGAGUACUUUAUGAGUUAUCAACUCUUCUGACUGUAAUAGCACCGUAGGGAGUUAGACAUUGUUGCACCUGUCUCGUUUGUUAAUGCACCUCUUUUUCAAAA